UUUACAUUAAUCCUUGAGGUGCAUAAGCUUUAUUUUUUGUCCUAUUGUUUUUCUCAUUUGUAAUUAAUGUAUGCUUGAGUUUAAGAUUUUUCAUGAUCAUUUUUUUAUGUACAAUUGAGAGCCAAUCUUAAAAUUUUGGUUAUGUUUCAAAUUUCUAGAUCACAGCAUCUUUGGUUUAUCCUUUUGUAUCUUUGAGCCUAUCAAAUGGAAAAGUAUCAGAUAGGUGAGGUCAUUGGACACGGUGCCUAUAGUGCUGUUCACAAAGGUGUUGAUCUCACGACUAAUCAGACUGUAGCUAUAAAGAGGACAUAUGAUUUUGACCCCAAAGAUGGUGUCCCACAUACAACAAUGAGAGAAAUCUCUUUGCUGCAACAGAUGAAGCAUGACAACAUUGUCAAGUUUCUGGAAGUAGUAAGCGAUAUUAACAAUAAUUGUUAUAUCAUUUGCGAACAUUUGGACCUUGAUCUGAAGGAAUUUAUGGACACCUAUCCCGAUUCUAUGGAUCCACGAAUAAUAAAGAAAUUUCUGCAUCAAAUUCUUUCGGGUGUUGCCUACUGUCAUAAGAAGAGAAUUAUGCACCGAGACCUGAAGCCUUCCAAUUUACUGCUAGAUCUCUAUGCCUCUGUAGUGAAGAUUGCGGACUUUGGAUUGGCUAGGGAAUUUCACAAUCCUCUUAGGGAAUAUACUCCGAAGGUAGUAACUCUAUGGUACAGACCACCUGAAAUCCUCCUUGGCUCCUCAGUAUACUUCGCCCCUGUUGACAUGUGGUCUGUAGGCUGUAUAUUUGCUGAGAUGGUUAUGCGUCAGCCUCUGUUUGCUGGUGAAACUGAGCUUGAUCAUCUGCAUCAAAUUUUUAGUAUUAUGGGGGCACCAAAUGAAAGAACAUGGCCGGGAGUGACUUUACUACCGUACUACCACCGCACUAACUUUCGCAGCUGUAAUCCUAAGAACCUGUUUGAAGUUGUUCCUGAUCUUGAACCAGCUGGAGUUUAUCUUCUUUCUGAAAUGCUCUGCAUGGAUCCAGCUAGAAGAAUUUCAGCUCCUUGUGCGCUUGAGCAUGCACACUUCAAAGAAGAAGAAGAAGAAGCAGACGAAGAAGAAGAAGACUACGACAACUAUGAUGACUUUCCUUGAUUCCAUGUCCAUAACUUUUCUUUGCUGCUGUUGUUGUUGUUAUGUUGACAGACUAUCUCUAGGUGAUCUUUCUUGCAUUCAUUGUAAAUUUCCUCCCCCACUCAAAAGCUUUUGCUGCAACCAACUUGUGCUAGGCCAACUGGCUCUUCUGCAAACAUAAUUCCAUGACUAUGAGUGUAAAUUUUCUCCCCACUUAAAUUUUUUACAUAUUGUUUAGAUUGUAAUUAGCUUCUAUGAACACAUUCAUAUAGUCUAUCUCAACUCAAUAACAUCCCAAUUCCUUGGA